GCCCCGCCUCAACGGGCCCUGGGCAGCACCAAAUCCCAUUCGUCCUUUCCCCAGACGAAAAGGAAGAGCAUAACUGCGUUUGCGUCGGCCGCCAUCCCGCAGGGCGGGGCAAGGUGAGGGGCGGGCUGUCCGCCUUCCCGCUUGCAUUCAAACAUCUCCUCCAGCGCAGGGCUUGUUUUCGCCACUUUUCUUCUUCUCUGGCCGCGACGAGGGGCAGAUAUGGUAUCGCGGGAGGCUUUGGAAACGUCCUUCAGCCUGAGCGGCGUGAGAGAGCGGAUGCGAGAGAAGAAAAAGGCCUUGAGGACCGCGAAGUUGAAUGCCUCGCUUGCAUCAAAAAUCAAAACAAAAAUCAUUAACAACUCCUCCACUAUUAAACUCUCCCUAAAGCACAACAAUAAAGCACUGGCCAUGGCCCUGAAUGUGGAGAAAGCCAAUUCACAGCGGCUUACCCAGGAGAAGACCAUCUUGCAGAAGGAGGUGGAGCAGUGCCACUUCCAGAAUGCUGUGCUGCGGCACAAGCUCUGCUUCCUGACUAACACUUUGAAAGAAGUUGAAAACCUUAUGGCUGCAGUUAGGAAGGCCCGGCUGACUGAGUUUCAUACAAGUUCUACAUUCUUGUCCAAUGGCCAGAAGAGCAGCCUGACUGAAGAUAGCUGGGCUGAUGAUAUUGCAGAUGGUCAGCUUGUCAGGGCUGCAGGGAUGCCGAUGAGGGUGCCCAUUUCCAAGCCAUAUGAUGCAGGACAGCAAGGUGGCAGCUCCACAGCAGCACAGACAUCCUCACUACAUCUUCAGAGACCUUCUAAUGGACCACUGAAAGUGGUGCCUGUUGCCUCCAAAGACACUUCAACACUGCAACCUGCUGAGAAGCCUCAGUCCCACCUGGAAGAGAAUGUGAAGAAGCCAACUGAAGCAACGGAAGCACAAGAGGCUUUUCUUGACUCUCACAUCUUUGAAGAGGACUUGCAUGACACCCUACAAAAUCCCGACAAUUUGCCAAUGCUUGCCAGGGAAAGUCAUCAUCUUUCAUAUGAGAGUGAUGAGAUGGCAAAACAUUUAUUUGAUCGUCUCUCCCAAGGGCAUGUUACACAGAGGAGAAAGCCUUCCACCCUGUUUGCAAUAAGCACUCCAUCUUCUGGUGUGGAUAUCUUCCCAAGUGUCAGUUCCACUCAGGCAGCUCGGCGGAGUAUGAUGGACAGCAGCAACUCCAACAAGAGCAACACACAGCCACAGGUGAAAUCUCCCAGUUCCAUGGUUUCACCUACUCAAAACACUAUUGUUCCUGAUAGAAAAUCUUUGAGUCAAGAGAUUUUCUGUGAUCAGCCACAGGCUAAAGAAACAGAAUGUAGCGUUGAAGUAGAUCCCAAGUAUAGCCAAGUCCCUGAGUUUGUUCCUGUAAAGGUUAAAAGCAAAGGUGAUCGUAAAACUGGUGAGAAAACAACUGUUAAAAAAGCAAGGACAACAAAAAAGGAAAAAAAAGUAAUUAAAAACAAUGCAGAAAGUAGUCCUGAUGUACCUCAAGGUGAGGAGAGUGCUCAAAAUGCAAAGAAGCUUCUUCAGCCGAAAGUUGCAACAUGUUCUGGUGAGUUUGAAGUCUCUGAGAUGAGGCAGAAGGCUUAUGCUGGGGUUUUUGACAGGAAGAACAGAGGCUGUGGUGUAGAGCAACAUUCCUGCUCUCCUGAUGAAGUCCAAGAUCUCAGAAGAACACACGUGGGGAAUCCAGCAAAGCUGCACAGUCUUGCAAGUGGUGACUUAUUGCAACAGGUUUCAAAUGAAGCCAUCUUUGAGAUCCAAAGUGUGGAGAGCUUGUCAAAAAGCCCAGUUCAUACCUUCUCUGGUCAUGAAGUUCACUCAGAUGAUUCCAGCCUACAAAUUUUUUUGAUGGAAGAGACCUUGAGUGCCUGUGCUUUGCAAGAGGACUCAAGUGUGAGCACAAAGAGCAUCAGACAGAAAACCAACAGAAAACCUAGAGUAAUGAGGCAAAGAGAUGACUCUGAGAAGGAAAAUUUGCCAUGUGUGAAAACAUCUGAGGCCAAAGCUGAAGAACAGCCUCAAAGAAGCCAGAUAAGCAGAAAGAAGACGGUCAGGAAAAGCAGUUGUAGUGAUCAGAGAAAUGAAAUUGGUGUUUCUGAGCCAUGUAUAGGUGUUCAAGGACUAGCUAAGGAGAGCACAAAGGAUAUACCAGCUAAACCGAAAUGUGACAGGAAAACUUAUAUUGUCUGUCCUUUGGAUUUUGCAGGAAACUUGGGUUGUGUCCAGACAGAUUUUGAAGGGGGUGAAAUUGUACCUCCCAGCUCUAUUCCUGGGAGCAAUGCUAGCACAAUCCCCAGAGUUCAGAGGAGGGUAGCUGCUCAGAGCAAUAAAAAACAGACAAGGAGCCUCCAAAAAAAGGGGCAAGCUAAGGCUGACGACGUGAAUGCUUCGAAAAAAGAAACCUAUCCCAAAUCAAAUCCUCGGAGGAAGAGGAAGGCCUCUAGACCUCCAGAGACUGAUUCCCUGGCCCAGCCAAGUAAUGUUACCAAGGAGCUCACUGGAAGUUCAGCAGUACUUGCAUCCAAGCAAACUGUCCUGAUGGGGAAUUUUUCGUGCAUUACAAAUCUCUUGUCUGAGACAAAUGCCUUCCUGGAGGAGCAGAUAGCUGAUAUAUCACUUGGAAAGAAUCUUAUGGACCUUUCGCAGGAUCUCGAAUGCUCCUCUGUGAUCUGUUCUGCAGCUUCAUCUGUCAAAUCCAGGCUUAAAAAUGUAUCAGUCUCCAAGAGCUUAAGUACUGAGGGCAACCAGAUGCCUGAGAAAUCAUGCAUUCAGCUAGAAAGCUCCCUGACAUUUAAAGAAAACACCCCAGAGGAAGUGCCUGGUGAAAGAAACCAGAUUGACUCAAGUUCUCGGAGUUCACCUUCACAGGAACCUGAGAUGAGGCCACUACAGGACUUGACCAAUGCUGGGAGACUGUCUUCCUCCAUUUCAGAAGUGUCAAGGCGCUCAUCCAGGAGGAGAGGGGACCCACCCUGCUAUGUAAUGCCAAAACUCUCAAGCAAACUGAGGCAGGGUGACCCGUUUACAGAUACAAAUUUCCUCUACUGCCCGGUCUACAAAACCAAGAAGACGACUCUCAAACGCAAGGCAAUGACCAAGAAUAUUCAAGUGAAAAAAGAACAGCUUCCUGAAGGAUGUCCCAGUGCCAAGGCAGGCAAGCUAAUAACAAUGGGAAGAGAGAUGAAGUCAGAAGUAAAAUGGUAGUUAAACAGGCAGCCUCCAACUUCCUAGGGCUCAUGUGUCUUUCCUAAAAUAUCUCUACUGUUUUGCAUAGCUUAAUUUUUAUU